UUGGUCACUGUCACAAUGUAUUUUCGCAUUCGAAGGAAAAACAAAGCGUUCAACAGAAAUUUCUCCGUUCAGUUUCAACUUUCAACCAAUUUCUCCAUACACUAUUCAUUUCAAUUCACCGAAGAAGAAGAACAAAUUAGACAUAUAUAUAUAUACACACAUAUACAUACAGAAACGUAACCGUCGAUUCACAAAACCCCAAAAUCUCUUUCCAAGUGUCAAGACUUUCACAGCCAAAUGUACGCAAAUCACCUCUCGGAACGAAACAUCGAAACCCUAAAAUGUCGAGGAGUCCAGUAGUGACGGAGAUAAUCACCGCAGCAGCAGAAGCAGCCUCAAACCCUAGAAAUGGCGAAGCAGUCGGCGGCGGGAUGGACUACAGCGUUCCAGAGGCGGCGUUUCUUGGCGCUUCUGGUCAUGUUGUUGGUCUGCACCGCGAUUGCGUUCAUCUUGCGAGCCGCGUUCGAGUCUUCUUCUUCGUUCGAUCAAGGCGGCAGAGGAAGCUUCGAGGAGGUUGUUCCGGAGAAACGAUUCCGCUUGGCGUCGCGGAUCGGAGCCGCGACGAGUCCGCUCAGCUUCAUGAAGUCUAAGCUCGUUCUUCUUGUUUCGCACGAGCUCUCUCUUUCUGGUGGGCCAUUGUUGUUGAUGGAGCUGGCAUUUUUAUUAAGGGGUGUUGGCGCUGAAGUUUGUUGGAUUACAAAUCAGAAACCAUCAGAAACAGAUGAGGUGAUAUACAGUUUGGAGCAUAAGAUGUUGCACAGAGGAGUACAGGUCUUCUCUGCUAAGGGUCAGGAAGCUAUAGAUACAGCUCUAAAAGCUGAUUUAGUUGUAUUAAACACUGCUGUUUCUGGAAAGUGGCUGGAUGCUGUUCUCAAAGAAAAUGUUCCUCGUGUUCUCCCAAAGGUGUUGUGGUGGAUCCAUGAAAUGAGAGGUCAUUACUUCAGAAUGGAGUAUGUCAAGCACCUUCCUUGGGUUGCAGGUGCUAUGGUUGAUUCACACAUAACAGCAGAAUAUUGGAAGAAUAGGACUCAAGAGCGCUUAAGGAUUAAAAUGCCUGAGACAUAUGUUGUUCACCUUGGCAAUAGCAAGGAACUUAUGGAAGUUGCUCAAGAUAGUGUGGCAAAAAGGGUUUUGCGAGAGUAUGUUCGGGAGUCUCUUGGAGUGCGAAAUGAAGACAUAGUCUUUGCUCUCAUAAAUAGUGUUUCACGUGGAAAAGGCCAGGAUUUGUUUCUGCGUUCUUUUUAUGAGAGUUUGCAAAUUAUACAAGAAAAGAAGUUGCAGUUGCCAUCAGUGCAUGCAGUAAUUGUGGGAAGUGACAUGAAUGCUCAGACCAAGUUUGAGUUGGAACUUCGGAACUUCGUGAUAAUGAAGAAAAUCCAACACCUUGUUCAUUUUGUAAAUAAAACUCUGACAGUAGCUCCUUACCUAGCUGCGAUUGACGUUCUCGUUCAGAAUUCCCAGGCCCGAGGAGAGUGCUUUGGAAGGAUUACUAUUGAAGCCAUGGCAUUUCAGUUGCCAGUAUUGGGAACAGCAGCAGGAGGCACCACAGAGAUCGUAGUAAAUGGAUCAACGGGCUUACUGCAUCCUAUUGGGAAAGAAGGGGUCACUCCUCUAGCAAAGAACAUCGUCAAACUCGCCACUCAUGUUGAGAGGAGGCUUACCAUGGGAAAGAGAGGCUACGAGAAGGUUCGAGAAAUGUUCUUAGAACACCACAUGGCGGACAGAAUCGCUGCAGUUCUAAAGGAAGUUUUGCAGAAAGCUAAGAUUACCAACAUGCGUAAAGGUUAGUUAGUGUGGUCAGUUUUCUGAAACUGAAAGCUUAUAUGUAUUGCACCACCCAAAGUUUCUCCGUUUUCACCUCUUCUUCGUUUUGUUGUCUGCCCUAAUGUAGAAUGAGCUAAAAGUUAUGUGUAUAGAAAAACAGUAUAGUGGCUUGUUCAUAAGCUGACAUUGUCAACAAGGUUUAUGACAGUAUGCUAGUGGGCUGUCAACAAGGUUUAUGAGAAAAGCUUUUUGUUAUAGAAAA